AUGGCAGAGAUGGAGAAAGAAGGCAGACCACCAGAAAACAAGAGAAGCAGAAAACCAGCUCACCCCGUGAAAAGGGAAAUUAACGAGGAGAUGAAGGUCCGGGCUGAGCGGGCCCACCCAUGGGCGGGCGAGGCGGGUGAUCUCCAUGGCAACUCGCCCUACUCCAUGAGUUUUGCUGAGAACACGAUGAAUGAGCUGCUGGGCUGGUAUGGUUACGACAAAGUGGAGCUGCGUGACUCCGACGACCUCGAGAUACGAAACUACCCCGAUGGGGAUGUGCGCCAGCAUAUCUCAGUCCUGAAAGAAAACUCUUUGCCAAAAACGUCUGUGGUAGAGAACAGUGCUGCCUCGCCUCCUCACGCCAACAGUUCCCGGUCUACACCAACGCCACGUAAUGGUGUAAUGGCAGAGUCCUCUGCCAACACAUCUUCCUCCACUCCCUCUGCCAAAGAGCAUGGGAGCAUGCCAAUCAUUGUCCCAUUGAUCCCGCCCCCACUCAUCAAACCACCAGCAGAGGAGGACGUGUCGAAUGUUCAGAUCAUGUGUGCAUGGUGUCAGAAGGUCGGGGUGAAGCGGUAUUCUCUCAGUAUGGGCUCAGAGCUCAAGAGCUUCUGUAGCGAGAAAUGUUUUGCCGCCUGCCGCCGUGCCUACUUCAAACGCAACAAGCUUGGAUAUGUAAGGAAUUGCACCGCGAGAGACGAGGACGGCCAUGGUGAAAAAUUACCGCCGCACAGCUUUUCUAAGGAAACGCCCAGGCUUGUCUUCAAGACAAACAGCGAUGUCCUUGUUUGCGAUUGGUGCAAGCACAUUCGUCACACUAAGGAAUACUUGGACUUUGGUGCUGGGGAACGGAGGCUACAGUUCUGCAGUGCAAAAUGCCUGAAUCAAUACAAGAUGGACAUUUUCUACAAGGAGACCCAGGCAGCUCUACCAGGCGGACUGUGUAAUCCUGGCCACCCUUCCACAGAGGGCAAACCAGAAACAGGCUCUGGAGUGCAGCUCUUGACCCCUGAAUCCUGGAGCUCCCCUCUCAAUGAGCUGCGCCGUAAACCCCCAUCACCAGGAGGUAUCACCUCUGCUCCCGGUCCCUCGGGCUCCACGUCAGGCUCGCCAUCUGAGUCAGGCACCGUCUGCUCCUCUUCUUCUUCCUCGUCCUCCUCCUCGGCUAAGAUCCCCACCCCACGACCCCACGAGAGCCCAACGCUACCGCCCCCUCCUCCUCCACCUCCACCUGUGCCUGGCUUGCACCCUUCACUCGGUGUUCCACCUGGUAGCCCCCCAAUGGUGAUGACUCCCCGUGGGCCAGUACCACUGCCCUUCUUUAUGGAGCACCAGAUGAUGCAGCAGAUUCGCCCUCCGUUCCUGCGUCCGCCUCAUGCCCCUGGUCCCAACAGCCCACUGACCAAUCCCCUGAUCCCAGGCAUCGGGGCGCCUCCCCCACCCCGAAACCUUGGCCCACCAUCCAGCCCUAUGCACAGGCCACUUCUCUCCCCCCAUGUGCAUCCCUCUUCAACCCCCACCCUGGGAGGGAACCCCCCAAGUAUGAUGCCCCCACACCCUGGCAUACCUGGCCUACCCUUUCCCCCUGUUAACAUGGUGCCUGGUGGGCCUUUGCCAGUUCCACCCAUCAUGAACUUCGGUGUGCCAUCACUCGCCCCCUUGGUGCCCCCGCCUACAUUGUUGGUGCCAUAUCCAGUCAUUGUGCCCUUACCAGUGCCCAUCCCCAUCCCUGUACCCAUUCCAUUCAGUCCUAAAGCGUCAGGUGAUCGGCCUGGUAAUGAUGACACCAUUUCCAAUGCUGCAGGGGAGCAAAGUGUCUCUAGAGACCUCCAGCAAUUCUCUCCAGGCGCCUCCAGAGGGGAAGGGAGCGACACUAAACAGGGUCCGUCAGGCUCAGACACACUCUCACCAGGCCUCUCAGGACCCUCUGAGCGGGGUAGAGCAGAUAUAGUGGAUCUUACUGUUAAAUCAGAGAGUUCCAGUAACGCAAAUUCCCGACACUCUCUCUCAGGCUCCCCUGCCGCUACACACUCAGAUGGAGUCAUAGACUUGACAACAAACCGCCGCUCACGGCAACAGCAAGUGAUCCAAAGGGCUUUGCCCUGUGUUCAGGUGAAGGCAGAGCCUGAGUCAACCUCUCCUGUUGGGUCGACUUUGAUCCGGCAGGUUGAGUCUGAAGCUGGGAGGAGGCUGUGUCCCAGUACAGGACCUCUGCAAGAUACACACAAAGACAGAGAUGUUGCAUGUCCACCGGACACUGUGACGUUGCCCUGUGCAGACCCGUCCUUCUGCAGUGCCACUCCUCCACUGUCCCCGCCAGUCACCUGUGCCGCUCCCACACUUCACAGCAGUGUCUCUGUGGCAACCUCAGAACCAAGCGUCGCUGCACCUUGCAAUGUAAUUGUUAACGGGGGCAGCGUUCAGCCUCUGGAAGGCCCAGUUAGGACACCACCUUCAGAACCAUGCCCUCCGGUGGAACCCUGCCGAAGGGUGGCUACAGCAGUCUGUGAGGAGCCAGCCCGUGGGGAGCUGCCGGAGGGGGAAGACCUGAAGGAGAACAGCUGCUCGACAGCAGAGUGGGACACAUCAGGUAAGAGGGGCUCGACCGAACUGACAACUGCUACAGGGGGUGCUGGGGACGCCAAAAUGGAGGACCCUGCUGCUGUACCCUCUGGUGAGGACCACGCCUACGCUUUGCCUUUGAUGCCUAAACCAGGCUGCGUCAUUCAGCCUGUGCCCAAGCCUGCUGACAAGACGGCCACCAUCUUGCCCUGCGGCCUGACUGCCCCAAUCACAGCCACGGGUCCGGCAGAGCUGGAGCCACCCUUAAAGAGGAGGUGCCUGCGCAUCCGCAAUCAGAACAAGUGA